GACAACGAAUUCGUUAUAGGAAAUUCAAAAGGCAAGCUGGACGUCUUCAAGGGCAUACCGAAGGAUAGAAAACCCAUCAUUACAGAAGUUGGAUUAGGCACGAUUACAUGCGUUGCAGUUGGUGACAUAAAAAAUUCCGGCAAGAAUUCCAUAGUCUGCGUCAAUGCCGAAGGAGGCUGCUAUGUCUUUGAUGUUACACAGACAUCAGCACUUGACACGAUAGCAAAAAUAAGCGUCCCAAUCAAUUGCAAUCGUAUUAUCAUUGCAGAUGUCGACGGCGACGGCAGAAAUGAGAUUAUUCUUGCGCGAAGCGAUCGUAUACUAAAUGUAUACGAUUUUGUAAUAACUUCAACAGACGGGAGCGAUUCGUGCCCUCUAUUUCAAGAAAAAGCGCACUGGGAAUUUGACGGUCAGGUCACUUCUCUGUCCACAGCCACGGACCCUACGACAAGUGCGCCAUUGCUACUCGUAGGUCAACCCGGAG